AUGAUACUUCGAUCAAAUCGAUUUUCUUUUCGUUCAUUGUUAUCUCUUCAUCGGUUUUAUUCAUCGUAUCAGCUUCACGAUGUCUAUAUCUAUAACUCCACAAGCAAAGCCAUGGAAAAAUUCGAAGCCAAGUAUCCUGGAACUAUCUUCUGGUACUCAUGUGGUCCAACCGUUUACGAUAGCUCUCAUAUCGGUCAUGCAAGUACCUAUGUAACUUUCGAUAUCAUACAUCGAAUACUGAAACAUGUUUUCAAUUACAAUAUCGUUCUGAUGAUGGGCAUCACAGAUAUUGACGAUAAAAUCAUUCAACGUAGCCAGAAAGAAAAAGUUCAUUAUCUAGAAAUAUCAAAGAAAUAUGAACAAGAAUUCAUUGACGAUAUGCAAAAGCUAAAUGUUCAAUCGCCGACUCUGUAUGCGCGUGUUUCCGAUCACAUACCAUUGAUAAUCAAUUUCAUACAGAGACUAAUCGAUAAAGGAGUUGCAUAUGCAUGUCCAUCGGGCUCGGUCUAUUUUGAUAUGAACCAGUACGGUGAAAAACAUGAUUAUCAACAUCAUCGAAUGAAUGAACAAGGUCUGUCGUCAAUAGAAGCAGACAUUCUGGCUGAAAAACGAAGUACGCGAGAUUUCGCAUUGUGGAAAGGACGAGAUCCAGCAAGCAAUGAAUUAAAAUUUCAAUCACCCUGGGGGUAUGGAAGACCUGGAUGGCAUAUCGAAUGUUCUGCCAUGGCAAGUCGAACAUUUGGCUCUCAUCUCGAUAUACAUUCUGGUGGUCUCGAUCUUGUUUUUCCUCAUCAUGCUAAUGAAAUUCUUCAAUCUACAGCAUAUCACGGCAAUAAAACCUGGGUGAAGUAUUGGUUACAUUCAGGUUUGUUGAAUACAAAAUCUAUGGAUGAGAAAAUGUCAAAAUCGUUGAAUAAUACUAUUCUCAUUCGUGAUAUGCUGGAAACAUACACACCUGCUCAAUUUCGUCUGUUUUGUUUGAUGCACGAUUAUCGUUCACCGAGAUCAUUUGAAUCAGCUGCCAUUCAGCAAGCAUUAUUCGUCGAUAAACUAUUCCGAUCGUUUUUUGAUACUGUUCAAGCUUGUCAAAAAGGUCUAGUUGAUGUUUCUACUUUGUCUGAAGCUGAAACAAUAUCCAGAAUCAGCAAUACUCAAGAUGAAAUUAUCGAUGUCUUAGCAAACAAUUUCGAUACACCGUCAGCAAUGACUCGUUUGCAAGAACUAGUUCACUGGAUUAAUUCACAUAUGAACUACGAUAUUCGUGACAAUGAGAAUGCAAUGAUGAACACGUCCACGUGUGCGUUACAUUUGGCGGUUGAUUUCAUUCAAUCAUGGCUUGAAAUAUUUGGUAUUGAUAUGAGUAUCUCUGGCGGUCAAAAUCAAAAGACAUCAUCUGAUCGUAUUUUAUUGGAAAAUGUCAUUGAAAAAAGCGUACAAUUUCGUACAAAUAUACGCGGCAUCAGUCGUCAAAAAGUUGCCAGUGGAGAAAGUCCGAAAAAACAAUUACUCGAACAAUGCGAUGAUUAUCGUCUCCAAAUGAAAUAUCUCGGUGUAGAGAUAAAAGAUCGCCACCAAGGAUCAACAUGGUCAUUGAAAAAAUAA